AUGUACGUGUUAUGGAGUCUAGCCCUUCCCCUGCUGGUGCAGUGCCAUGUUAUUAACCAGAAUUUCUUGCCGCUGGACUGUCAGGACAUUUUCAAUAACGGCUCCAUCCACAGUGGAGUUUAUACCAUCUACCCUGUAGGCCCGAAGAGACCGCUGCAGGUGUACUGUGAUAUGGGCUGCACUGAAAAUGAUGAACGCAGUGAAGGGAAAUGGACAGUGAUACAGAAAAGAACUGAUGGCACUGUGAAUUUCUACCGGCCAUGGGAAGCGUAUAAACAUGGCUUUGGAGACACCGCAGGCGAAUAUUGGCUUGGUCUUGAGAACAUAUUUUUGAUCACGUGGCGAGAGAAGCACGAGCUGAGGGUGGACCUUGAAGAUUUCGAGCACGCAAAAGUUUAUGCGAGAUACACGUCUUUCUACAUCGAUGCCGAGUCGGAGAAGUACAUGCUGCACGUCUCUGGAUUCAUCAACGGAGGUGCAGGAGACUCUUUAGCGUAUCACAACGGGAAAGCAUUUGGAACUUUCGACAAAGACAUCAACAACUGUGCAAAGACAUAUGAAGGAGGAUUUUGGUUUGAUAACUGCCACCAUUCCAACCCCAAUGGUGUGUACAAAUGGGGAAGCGGGGUACCUGCAUAUACAGGAAUUUACUGGAAUCACUGGAAAGGUGCCUACUACUCUUUAAAGUCGAUAACCAUGAAGAUAAGACGUGUGUUUUUGCCAGAAUUUGAACAAUAGCACCAGGAGAUCCAGAGCUGAAAUUCCCAAUCCUGAAUUUUAUUAUUCAGCCAAAUGUUAUAAAUAUAUUGAAAUGAGCUUGUUAUAGAUGUCUGGUUAAAGAUGAGCGAACCAUGAAACCUAAACAAUGCAGGAACAUGUCUGACAAACAAAGUGUUCUCAAAUAUCAUGGUCAA